AUAAAUUCAAAAGGAGGGAAUACCCAGCUCCGGACAUGGCUUCUAUUCUGAAGGCCACAUCUACUGUCAAGUCGAGGCCCCUGAAACCGGCGUCCAAUGGGGCCAAGGAGGUCCGAGGUAGGGUGGAACGCCUGUUCAAGGACAGCACCCCAAGGGCUUCGAAAGAGGGAACUCCCCAGACGCAGGAGAAGCCUAAGGAGCCUCGGGGUAAGGAAAAAGUUCCUGAGGAGGCGAAGAGGAGGAAGCUGGUGCACGUCACCAGCUCGUCAGGGAAAUUUGAGACCUCAGUAUCCCACGAGGCUAAAUCAACAGGGGAGCCGAAGCUGCUCGCAUCCGCCUCCAAAGCCAUCAAAAUAGAGAUGGUCAGAGAGGCCGAGGCUGCAAGGAAAGCUGCUGAGGUUGCUAAGGAGGAGGCAGCAAAACAGAAGCCUGUUCGAGAGAAGGAGAAGUCUCCAAGCUUCCUAGCUGGAAAGGAGGAGACCUUAGCCCCAACCUUAGUAGAGACUCUUCCUCAGGAGGUCCGGAGCGCCACAGAAAGCUUUUACCGGUGCUGGACGAACAGGUGGCAGCUGCAUGCCUCCUCCUGCGAUGCCACCGACCUGACGAGGGCUUUGGCGGCCUCCCUCGCAGAGGAGUUGAAAGCAGCUAAGUCCGAGGCGGAAGAAGCCAAGGCCCAGAAAGUUGAAGAAUUGGCCAAACUUGAGUCUGUCUUGGCUCAGAUUGAGGUCUUGAAAAAGGAAGUGUACGAGUCACGGUGCGAGGUUGCCUCCCUGACAAAGAAGGUGGAGGUCUCCAAUGAGCACCAGAAAGUGACCACCGAGGCCCUAGAGAAGGCAAAUGCCUCCUUGGCGUCAUCCCAAGAGGCUUACCA